AUGGGGCUCAGUCACUACAUAGAGACCGUGAUUGAGAGAAAUUAUCCUAAAAUGAUUACUGAUAUCCCAUUACAACAGUUUUUGAUUGAUUUAAGAGCUAGACAAGUCCUAUCGAAUGAAGAAGUCGAUGAAUUAAAUUCAUUCCGAACCAAUAAAGAAAUGAUUUAUAACUUUAUUAAAAUCCUCAAGUUUCGAGCCGAUCAAGAUUUCUUUCACCUCUGUGAUACUUUGCAAGAACAUGGAGCUAUAACAGUACAAGAAUUUGGUGAAGCAUUGCAAAAUGAAGCAGAAUUGCGACGUAGAGCAGAAGAUGAGAAUGAGAAAGGAAAGCCGACUAAUUCAGCCUAUUUGCUACGAGAUCUUCCUCCAACUCCCGAAAGUCACUAUAUAGUACGCCAAACUUUUGUUGAUAAAAUUUGUAGCCAUUUGAAGGAUAUCGAUAAUUCGCAAGGUCAUCUUCUAAUACAUGGGAUGGCUGGCUGUGGCAAAACAAUUGCUGUAUGCCAGUCUGUCAGGAUGGUGUUUGAACAAGGAUAUUUUCAAUCUCAUGGUGUCUACUGGGCUAAACUAGGUGAUAUUGGAAAGGAUAAGCUGUUUACUAUACUAAAGAGUUUAUGCAUUAAGAUUGGAGUUACUUGGAAAGAACCACCUCAAAAUUUAGAAGAAAUCGAUGCCUAUGCUAAGCAAUAUUUCGAAGAAAAUCAAGACAAAAAUAACAUUCUAUUUAUAUUUGACGAUAUUUGGCAAAAGAGCCAUUACAAUUAUUUAAGAUUUGCUACGAAAUCUAUUGCAACUUCGCGUUUUUUUCAUCCCGAAAAUAAACUUCACUACAAAUGUAUUUCAGCUUCGGAUCGAUUUACUUAUGAAGAGGCAAUAAAAGUCCUAGCAAAAAAUAGAAACAUUCAAGAUCUCCAGUCUCUGUAUAAUAACCGAAAUAUUGCUUUAGCUAUCGAGAGUUGCGGUGGACUUCCAUUAGCCAUAGCAUUAAUAGGUGGCUUACAUUUACAAACCGAUAAGCAAUGGGAAAGUGUUAUCAAAGUGAUUGAAAAAAAAGAGAUCGGUGACUUACCAGCUAACUAUGAUUUCAAUUUAUUUGGAACGUUUUCCUUAAGUAUCAAGGAAUUGGAGGGUAAAAAAAAACAGUGUUUUCUUCUCCUUGGAGUUUUUAAGAAGGUUAAAAUUCCUAUCGGUUCGAUCAUGUCGCUGUGGAAGCAGAAUGAAUGUAGUACAAUAUCUCUAUUGCAAGAAUUCCGUAAUAAAAGUCUACUACGAUUUAUUGAGACCAAUGGUUACUGCAUCUUGCAUGAUUUAAUGGUUGAUUAUCUUCAACAAUCGCAUGAUCCUCAGCUAUCAAACAAAGUUUACUGGGAAAAUAUGAAUCAAACAUUAGUGCAACACUAUUUUUAUCAUUGCCAAGGUCAAUGGGGCACCUAUCCAAAUGAUGGUUACUUCUAUCAAAAUCUAGUUUAUCAUGCCAUUCAAGCACAUGCUGAUGUAUUACUUCGAACGCUAAUGGCUGAUUUUAACUGGAUGACGUCUAAAUUUAAAAUUUUCAAGACUUUGUUUAAUUUACAGCUAGAUUUAGAAGAUUAUAUCAAAUAUUUAGACAAGCAAAAGGAGAAUUCUCUACAAUAUCAAGAACUUCUAACUUCAUUACGCCAAUAUGAAUCUUAUGCAGAUAUGGAAACAAUGGAUUUUAUUCAAUUUCUGUUAAAUACUAAUGAAAGCAAGAGUUGGAUUAUAUCUAGAGCACUUCAACUAGCAUGUGAAAAUACCAUUCGUGGAAUUAGUCGUUACUGGAUGAUAACAACGUAUCCGCAAAAUAAAGUCAAGUAUAGCGCAUGGAUGGCAUCAAAGACUCUGUGUACAACUUUAAAUGAAGUUGUACCAAGAUGCUCAAGCCUUAAAUAUGGAAAAUUAAACAUCAUCUAUAAUGAUCUGAAUAAGACGCACGAAUGUUGUAUUACGAUCGUUGAUUAUGAAACCUCAAAGACUAUAUUUAACUUACCAUUACCUAAUAAACUUAUUGCAAAAAUACGUAUUUCUCCUGAUGGAAAAAUUAUUGCAUAUUCCAUGAAAAAGGAUGAGGAUACUUUUGUCAUGAAUUGGGUGGUAUAUAGUAUUGCUACAGGGCAGCAGCUCAACUUUACCUCCAAGGAUGGUUCGAAAAGUCCAACCAUCGAGGGCAGUUUUCUAGAAUUUUGCCCAGUAUUAGCGGAAGAUCGAUAUAUUCUGAUGACUGUAUCUAAUCGGAAAAAUGUCAAUAUUUGGAUGGUUACAGGAGAUAGCAUCUGCCAGAUAUGUAAAACAAUAACCAGUUCGGAGAGUAUUAAUACAUGCCAAUUUAUUGAAAGUAGUUGCAAAAUUCUCGUAUGGUACGGAAAAUAUUAUGAUAAUAGAAGGUCGAAAGGUGAAGAAAGAAUGUGGGUUAAUGAGUGCCUGGUUGAUAUACGUGAUGCGGAAAAUCUGCAAUUUCAGUCAUCAUAUAUUAUGCCUAUAUAUAUUCAGCAACGUGAUGGUAAAUAUUUACCUAGCAGUGAUCUUAAAUUAAAGUAUGGUUUUGGUUUGGCCUGUAUAAAAUUGAUUGAUAAAAAUGGUAUCGCAAUAGUCGCUGCUUAUCAACACAUUUUGGGUUACAUAGCCUUACAUAAUAUUACUAAUGGCAGACAUGAUUUUGUCAAAGAAUUUGCUCGUUCUUUUCAACCAAUCUACCUAUGUGAUAAAAGUAUUAAUGAUAUUGUAACAUCUGAUGAUCAUCAAUUUAUUGCUGUGCACACCCAAGGUGAACAAUUAAAGGUGUUUAAAUUAGCCUCUCGGAAUUUUAGCGCCUUUACAUCCAUUGAUUGUAUACAAUAUUAUCGGGAUUUAAUGUUUAUACCUGAUAGUUAUCAUCUAUUCAUUUAUGAUCCAAUACCACCUUCUAGAUUAUAUCGUUAUGAUUUGCAAGCAAAAGAUCUAAGCUGGCAGCCUAUAUCAUCCGCAACAUUGAUCCAAGAUCAGCAAAAGCUAAAUUACAAUGAGGAAUUGAUAGCUUAUUCUAAUCAUGCAUUUAUAAAUAAUAUUCCCCAUGCAGUCCAAUUGGUAAUAAACAAACGGUAUAAAAAUUCCAAUUUAAGGAUCUAUCGAGGAGAGAAUUUUAAGCUAAUUUCGGAAUAUAAAUUAAAACAAAAUUACAAGCAAUGUAUCCUACAUGAUGAUAUGGAGGCAGUUAUCCUAGUACAAAUAUACGAAUGUGAUUGUAACGAUUGCAUAAAAGAUUGUCCAACAGAUCACUGGCAUAUUAUCUUCAGCAAGUUGCUCUACGGAAUCUUUUACGCAAUGAAACGGAUGCAAGAAAUCAAAUAUAUUUUACCUGAAAAGCCUCAUAAUAUAUGGAUAGUAAAGUCGAGAUUCAGAAAAUUCGAUAAAAGUUUGAUUUUUAUACUUCAAGCUAGGUAUCUAAAUGAUUGUCAACAAAUCAUAAUUAUGAAAAUAAAUUACCAUACCUGCGAUCUAAAAGUCUACAGAGAUACCGAAAGUGAAUUUUAUCGAGAUUUGAAUAUUCUCCAUUUUGAUGAUGGUAAUCUUGUUACUCAUCAAAUAUCAUUAAACAACAGUCAAAGUAUCAUCAAGCAUUAUAAAAUCGGUCAGGCUUUAACUGACAUACAAUUAAUGAAACCGUAUCAAUAUGACAAAAAUGAUGGAAUAGCCUGCAAAAUAUCCCUUCCUAUUAAUGAAAUGACCAGCGAUCUAAAUAUCGUUACAUCAGCAUGGAAAAAGGAUUCCAUGAUUGAUACUUUUGGGCAAAGUGAUACCGAUAGCUUUAUGUUCACUCUUAAUGGUCGAAUUCUAAUGAAGGGCUACCGAGAUGCUACAGCUGUAUUUAAAGCUGAUAUUAAUUAUAUUGAAAAUUUAUGGCCAUAUCAAUUUUUGGUGGUCAUCGAAAAGCUGACAUGUAAAAUUUAUUUUUAUAAUAAAUUAACACUAAAGCUAGUCCAGGUCAUUCAGUCACCAUAUAUUAAGAUUUGGAGAUUAAAUGGUAAUUCUGAUCAAUCGCUGUUUAUCUGCCAAAGUUUUGACAAAGAAUACGGUAUCAUUAAGCCGGUUACUAAUGCGAUGAUUAAAUGA